CCAAGCGGGGGGCGCCGCGCGGUGCAGCCACGAUGGAAGGGGGUGCGUACGGAGCGGGCAAAGCCGGGGGCGCCUUCGACCCCCAAACCCUGGUCCGACAGCCGCACACCAUCCUACGCGUAGUGUCUUGGGUGUUUUCCAUUGUGGUGUUUGGCUCCAUCGUGAACGAGGGCUACCUCAACAACCCCUCGGAGGAGGAGGAGUACUGUAUCUACAACCGCAACCCCAACGCCUGCAACUACGGAGUGACGGUGGGCGUGCUGGCCUUCCUCACCUGCCUGCUCUACCUGGCCCUGGAUGUGUACUUCCCGCAGAUCAGCAGCGUCAAGGACCGGAAAAAAGCUGUGCUCUCUGAUAUUGGCGUCUCCGCCUUCUGGGCCUUCCUCUGGUUCGUGGGCUUCUGUUUCCUGGCCAACCAGUGGCAGGUCUCCAAGCCCAAGGACAAUCCACUGAACGAAGGGACGGACGCAGCCCGGGCUGCCAUCGCCUUCUCCUUCUUCUCCAUCUUCACUUGGGCGGGCCAGGCAGUGCUGGCCUUCCAGCGGUACCAGAUUGGCGCCGACUCGGCCCUCUUCUCCCAGGACUACAUGGACCCCAGCCAGGACUCCAGCAUGCCUUAUGCCCCCUACGUGGAGCCCAGCGUUGGGCCAGACACCACUGGCAUGGGUGGCACCUACCAGCAUCCAGCCAACAGCUUCGACACUGAGCCCCAGGGCUACCAGUCACAGGGUUACUGAGCUCUGGUGAUGGUGACAGUGAUGAUCUGCCCUGCCUGCCGGUCUUUCCACCCCUGUCCCCCAUCUCCCUCCCCCCCUCGCAGUUCCCAGCUCCCGACCAGGUGGCCCUGCCUAGCACCUGCUCAGCCUCCGAGUUGUCCCACUGAGUGAGGUCCACUGUGGCUGGGGACAACGAGGUGGGUGGUGUCCUCAUGUGUGUGCAAACGUGUGUGGAGCCUGUGCCCAGCAGGUGCCUGGAGGAUGGGGACUGGGGGUUGCAUUCACUCAUUGUGGUCUCGAGCAUUUAUUGAGCACCUACUGUGUGCCCGACCGUACUCAUUAGAGAGGUGAGAAAGAUGGUGGGGGGAGACGGUGUGUGGAGGCCCAGUCAUUCAGUAUCAGAGGUAAGACAGAUGGGGCAGGGUGAUGUUGGGAUGCCUGGCUACCUGGGGCUCAGUCACAGGAUGAGUGUGGACAACCACAGGACGUGGCUGUCACCCUUAGUGCCCUUCAUUUACAGUAGUCCUGUUGGAAUUGCCAGGGAUGCAACCAAUUUUGGUUUGAAGAAACCGAGGCCUGAAGGAUCAAGGUCCCUUGCCACAUCAGUCAGACAGUUGCUGAGGGAGAUGAAGCCAUGCCAGGGUGGUCCAGAUGCAGAGCGUCUGCCUGCCCUCCCUUCUCCUCCCUCUGUGCCCUGUCCCUACACCUGGGCCCUGCUACUCAGCAUUGAUCUGUCUUGGGGCCCUUCAGGAACCUCAGCCCCGUGAAGCACCCUGAUCUGCUGCAAGCCAAGGGCCUGGUCUGACCAGCCGCUUGCCUCCAUGCAGGUCCCCCUCCUGAGCGUUGCUGUGUGUCCGGCAUGCCCCACAGGGGGGCUCAUUUGAAGUGUGUCAGGAAUCCUUUUUGCAGCCUCUCAAAGGAGUGGUGGCUGUUGCCACCUCUGGCAAGGCUCCCUGAGCCCUCGUCCAGGGCUGAGUGGACAGAAAGCCCAGGCAGCGGUGGGGACUGGCCCAGGGUCUCAGGGGCCGAGUAGCAGAGCAGGUCUUCCUGUCUGGAUUUCUUGGCUUCGGUCACUUACAGGUGACUGAGCCACUCUUGUCACUGUCCCCAGGACAUGACAUCUUCUCUCUUCUUGCCUGAGUCAGCGUCACCAUGGAGGGCAGAGUGGCCAGGACAGAAGCUUUGAGUUACAGGGUCAACUUGUGCACCAGAGCCACGGGUCACAACCGCCCCAGAUGAUGUAGGAGCGAGCCCUGCACAGAGUGGGUCAGGGAGACCCAGCCACAAGGGGAGAGAGUCGCAGUUGACCUCAGAGACAAGGAGGGUGGUGAGGCCUGAGGGGGCAGCAGGGAGUUCUUGUACAAGGUGAGCUCCGCCCUGAGGCAAAAGAAUGCAGAGAGGGGCAUCGGUGCCACCUGUCUGUCUCUCAGGGCCCAGGGUGCACCAGCUGGUCACUCUGGGGAGCAGGGCGGCGGGUUCCGGGGCUGCUUCGGCAAUGACUGUCACCAUCACCUUCACCCCUCGCCCCCCUCAGGACCCUGCUCUUACACUACUUGUUCUUCGGCCCGCGUUGGGAACACUUCCAGGCGGUGUGGACCCUGUGAGGACAGAGUCCCCGCACUGAGACAUGCCCCAGGAUAAGGGCACGCCUGAGGAGGGCAGGAGUGAGGUGGGGAGCGGGAACUUCCAGGGCCUAGGUGUAUCCCCUCCUCAUGGGCAGAAAGGGAAACAGGCUCCUGGAGCCCAGGGAGUUAGCAGCGGAGUCUGAAUCUGAACAGGGGCCUCCAGGUGUCAACCCCGGGCAGCUGGCUUCUGUUUCCAUGCCUGUGUACACUAUUCCUCAGUGUCCCUGGGUGGGAGAUCUGCUGGCCUGAGCAAUGGGAUGUGAACCAGACCAGAGGAGGUGUGUUUGAGUCCACCACAAGGAGCUGUGACAAGUCCUGCCCCUUGCUGAUAGGCCCUGGGUCCCUGGGCAUUGCCCUGCAGGGGUCACCAUUAAGCUCUUCUCAGCCCCGGGGGUCUGUCACGGACCCUUCCUGCCACCCAGGCUAGGUGAGUUUACAAGACCAGGAGCUGGGCUGCUGGAGCCUCAGCAAGUGUCUCCCCAUCUUCCUGGGGCCCAGCAGGGAUGCAUGCUGCUGCUGCUGCGGGGCGGCCAAGACAGGGUCCUGCUGCAGUGGAGACAAGUGGGUGAGAGAAGCUCGGGGGCAGGAUUUGGAUGAGUCUCAGGCUCCCACCUCCUCGGCUGGGAGGCUCCUGGCCACUGCGCCCUUUUGUGGAUGGAGCACAGCCCCUGGGGGACCCAAGCCAGCAGCACUCCACAGCCCUCCUCUGCCUCCACCUCUGCUGUCCCCGCUCCUACACUUGGAAAGUGCCCUCUACAGCUCAGCCCUGUGGGACUGGGACUCCAUCUUCCUAUCAAGCACAAGAGAAGGGUUGGAGAACUUGGGUUCCACAUGAAUUUAGAGCCGCAGGGACCCUUCGAGUUGAGUUUGCAUAAGUUCAAGCGCAGAUCAAGCAGUUUGGGGGCCUGGUUGGUCUUCUACCUUCGGAGACAAUGCGUUCUGCAAAAUCAUAGGCCGUCUUGCCUGGAUGGCUCCUGAGUAGUCCAGGGUAUAGCAGUGGUGGGGCUCAUUCCCAAGGGGACUCCAGAUCCCUUGCUCCAUCCUUCUCUAGUGAUCUUCAAAGAUUUGGCUUCCCCCAUGUAACCAGAGCUCUCACUUGUUAACCCUGGGGCACCACUAACCUUGGCCCAAGACCCUUUUGAUUCUCUAAAGUAUGCAAAACAGAGUCCCACGCCCACCUUGAGUUUAUGGAAGAUGGACUGGCCUAGCCAUCUCCCAUCGCCGCCCCCAACCUGACACCCCCACCCCCUGGUGCCCACAGCUCUUGUUUGGGUGCCCCGGCCCCUCCCGCAGCGUUACUGCCUGUGUAUAGUAUAAAUAUAUAUAUUUUCUAUAUAUAAGAUGUAUAAUAUAAGGCUCCACAAAUAUGUUUGUGUGUAUGUGUGCGUGAGCGUGUGUGUGGUGAAAGGUGGCCCCCAAAAGGGCCCCCACUCUAGCCCUCCCUACCUGGUUAAACCUUUCCAGAGUGGAUCUAGUGGCACCUUCGUCUGUGACAUCCAUCCAUCUGUGGUGAACCAAGUGAAGAUGGUAACUUCUGGUGACAUAGUAAUAAAGUGAAGCCUCGGACCCCGCA